AUGGAGGCCGACGCCGAUGGAGGGGUCGAUCACUGUCACCUGUUCACGGACUUGUUCGGCCGCCUGCUGCAGCUGUCGUUGGCCUUCAUCGCCGUGUUCAUGCUCUACAUCAAGCGCAAGCUCGAGUUCCCCAUCCGCCCCAUCAAGGUGUGGGCGCUGGACGUGAGCAAACUAGGUCUGGGUUCGCUGUAUAUCCAUUGUCUUAGUGUUAUCUUGUCCAUUUUGAUGGUCGCAACGUCUCCCGAAGACUAUGACGAGGUGUGA